AUGUCUCUGAGCAGCGCCUUCAGGGCUGUGGGCAACGAGCCUGGGAUCAUCACCUGGAGAAUAGAGAAACUGGAGCUGGCGCUAGUACCCCUGAGUGCCCACGGCAACUUCUAUGAGGGGGACUGCUACGUCAUCCUAUCGACACGGAGGGUGGGCAGCCUCCUGUCCCAGGACAUCCACUUCUGGAUCGGGAAGGACUCCUCCCAGGACGAGCAGGCCUGCGCAGCCAUCUACACCACGCAGCUGGAUGACUACCUGGGAGGCAGCCCCGUGCAGCACCGAGAGGUCCAGGACCAUGAGUCUGACACCUUCCAUGGCUACUUCAAGCAGGGCAUCAUCUACAAGAAGGGGGGUGUGUCCUCCGGGAUGAAGCAUGUGGAGACUAACACCUAUGAUGUGAAGCGGCUCUUACAUGUGAAGGGGAAAAGAAACAUCAGAGCCACAGAGGUGGAAAUGAGCUGGGACAGUUUUAACCAAGGCGAUGUCUUCUUGCUGGACCUUGGAAAGGUCAUCAUCCAGUGGAAUGGCCCAGAGAGCAACAGUGGAGAGCGACUCAAGGCUAUGCUUCUGGCAAAGGAUAUCCGGGACAGGGAACGAGGGGGCCGUGCUGAGAUAGGUGUGAUCGAGGGAGACAAGGAGGCAGCCAGUCCGGAGCUGAUGAAGGUCCUUCAGGACACCCUCGGCCGGCGCUCUGUUAUCAAGCCUGCCGUGCCUGAUGAGAUCAUAGAUCAGCAGCAGAAAUCAAACAUCAUGUUGUAUCAUGUCUCGGACUCCACUGGGCAGCUGGCGGUCACAGAGGUAGCGACAAGGCCACUGGUCCAGGACUUACUGAACCAUGACGACUGCUACAUCUUAGACCAAAGUGGAACCAAGAUCUAUGUGUGGAAGGGAAGAAGAGCCACGAAGACCGAGAAACAGACAGCCAUGUCUAAAGCCCUGCACUUCAUCCAGAUGAAGGGCUACCCUGGCAGCACCAACGUGGAGACCAUCAACGACGGUGCUGAGUCGGCCAUGUUCAAGCAGCUGUUCCAGAAGUGGUCAGGGAAGGACCAGACCGUGGGCCUGGGGAAAACUUUUGGUGUCGGUAAAAUUGCGAAAGUUUUCCAGGAUAAAUUUGAUGUGACUUUGCUGCACAGCAAGCCCAAGAUCGCAGCCCAGGAAAGAAUGGUGGACGACGGCAAUGGGAAAGUUGAGGUCUGGAGGAUUGAAAACCUGGAGCUGGUCCCCGUGGAGCAUCAGUGGUACGGCUUUUUUUAUGGGGGAGACUGCUAUCUGGUUCUCUACACGUACGAGGUUCAAGGGAAGCCACACUACAUCCUGUAUAUCUGGCAGGGCCGCCACGCCUCAAAGGACGAGCUGACAGCCUCGGCAUACCAGGCAGUGGAAGUGGAUCAGCAGUUCGACGGGGCACCUGUGCAGGUCCGAGUUGCCAUGGGGAAGGAGCCCCGCCACUUCAUGGCCAUCUUCAAAGGGAAGCUGGUUAUCUUUGAGGGUGGGACUUCCAGAAAAGGAAAUGCUGAGCCUGAUCCACCAGUAAGGCUCUUCCAGAUUCAAGGAAAUGACAAAUCUAACACCAAAGCGGUAGAGGUUCCAGCCUUUACCUCCUCCCUAAACUCCAAUGAUGUCUUUCUGCUGCGGACCCAGGCAGAGCACUACCUGUGGUAUGGCAAGGGGUCUAGUGGAGAUGAGCGGGCGAUGGCCAAGGAGCUGGCCAGCCUUCUCUGCGAGGGCACCGAAGACACUGUGGCCGAGGGCCAGGAGCCGCCUGAGUUCUGGGACCUGCUGGGAGGGAAAACUGCCUAUGCUAACGACAAAAGACUACAACAGGAAAUACUGGACGUGCAGCCUCGUCUCUUUGAAUGUUCCAAUAAGACUGGGCGGUUCGUUGUCACGGAGAUCACAGACUUCACCCAGGAUGACCUGAACCCAGGUGAUGUGAUGCUCCUGGAUACCUGGGACCAGGUGUUCCUGUGGAUUGGGGCUGAGGCCAAUGCCGCAGAGAAGGAGAAAGCCCUUGCCACGGCCCAGGAAUACCUGCGUACUCACCCCAGCGGCCGGGACGCCGACACACCGAUCCUGAUCAUCAAACAGGGUUUUGAGCCUCCCAUCUUCACAGGCUGGUUCUUGGCCUGGGACCCUAAUAUUUGGAGCGCAGGAAAAUCCUAUGAACAGUUAAAAGAAGAGCUGGGAGAUGCCGCUGCUAUCACGAGAAUCACUGCUGACAUGAGGAAUGCAACCCUCUCCCUGAAUUCUGAGCUAAAAUAUUACCCUCUAGAAGUCCUGUUGAAAAAUCAAAAUCAGGAGCUGCCUGAGGAUGUGAACCCGGCCAAAAAGGAGAAUUACCUCUCUGAACAGGAUUUUAUUUCUGUGUUUGGCAUCACAAGAGGGCAAUUUGCUGCUCUGCCUGGCUGGAAGCAACUCCAAAUGAAGAAAGAAAAGGGGCUUUUCUAAGGCAAGAAGCUCUAUGCCUAUUGUAAGACCACAGAAGAGAGCAGAAAGAGCCAGUAACAGGAAAGAACUCAUCUACCAAUUUCUGCCUAAUAGCCAACUACUUAAUUUAGAUCCAGUAAGGUCUGCACAUCGCAGCAUGUUCUCCAUCUUUCUCACCCCUGCUUCCGUAGUUGUUAUAGACCUAAAAUGUUAACUACCCACUUUUUGAUUUUUGUGGCCUUCCAGCUAAAGUCUCAGCAGAAAGUACCACAACUGCAAGAAUCCAGAGAAGUCAGAAAAG